UGAGAGUCUGUUCCUAUCAACGCUGACAGGAUAAAGGCUCAUAUUAUACUGAAUGACUGGGGAUUGGUGAAGAGAAAAGAGUGCCUCUGAGCAUGCAUUCGUCAUCCCGAUGAGGAGUCGACCCCAACACGGGUGAAGUCAGGAAUCGGGACCUUUCGCGUUCCAGGAAAAGGCUGAUGGGCUGGGAAACUCUUCUCUCGUUUAGGUUCAAACUACUCGUUCCCGGCGGCGUCUCGUCGACAGGAUGAAGCGUGCCUAAUCCAGGCAGGUAUGAACAGGAACUGGUUCUCACCUCCCUGAAAUAAUGGCUACCGUCCUCUGUGAGAAUUGCACCUUUCUGUGUCUUCAGCCCGGGUGCCUUCUCCAGCCUUCUGAAGCCAGUGGCGCUCUUCUGCUCAUCAUGUUGGGGAAGGUCUCUUUCAAUUUGUAUCUUUUGCGAGCCAGAAGACAGACUGUCCGUGACAGUUUUAUGGGCUACUUUUGCAUUUCACUAGCUUUCUUUGACUUGGUGCUUCUGGUCACAAUGUCUUUUAUCUCCUACUUUCAGAACAUUAUGCUUUUGGGUGUCUACUUCACCAAGUAUCACAUCUGUCUUUUGGCUCAGAUCAUGGCCUUUACCUAUGGGCUUUUACACUACCCAGUUUUUAUUGCAACUGGUUUGGAUUAUUACCUUACAAUAACCCACACUUCAAAGAACUCAAGCGUGCGCUGCAGUUCCCUAUAUGUUUUUGCGGUAACCUUCUUGUGGAUUUCCGUUCUCUGUUAUGUUCUGAAUCUUCCAGGGAACACGAUAGGGCUUGAUGUAAACUACUACAGUGCUGCACACCAAUGCCCUUUCUACAUCAGUAGCCAGACCUACUGGCUCUCAUUAGGCAUGCUGUUCAUCACAUGCCUGGUUCUUGUACCUUGUUGGUCAGAAGUGAUGAAUACGGUACAGUCAGUUAAAAUAACAUCCAUCAGAACAGAAUCUGUGUUUUUCUUCCCUUAUGUUCCUGAGUGCAGCCGAAGAUCCUGUGCAAAGCACCUCUUGACAAGACUCCUAAUAUGCUUUAUGGGCACCUGGGCACCAUUUCUAUUCCUCCAAACGCUCAUCAUCUUACUGGGUGCUCAGAUUCCUGCUUUCAUAGAAAUGAAUGUUCCUUGGCUUUAUUUUAUUAACAGCUUUCUUAUUGCAAUCACAUGUUGGUUAAGGCGACAGCACAUGGAACUGACAGAGGAGUCUUGGGAUGUGGAUCCAUUUGUCAGCUGGAAAUACUGCUUUGUUCCUUUCAGCUAUCAAGAUGUAGAUGAAGCUCAAAAGCCCAUUACUAAAAUUGUAGUCUAUUAGCAAAUUGCUGCGGGAGAAAGAAGUUGAAUCAAUAUACUGGGAUAGUGCAUACUCUUUUUUUUUGCUUUGCUUGUGAACUUAUAUGAAGGAAGAAAUAUUACACAAACAACACAAAAAAAGUGUUCCACCAGUAUAUGGUUUUGGUGUGUUUGCAUUGUAAUGUGCUAAUUGUAAGGUGGUUUCCAGUACGGGUAUUAUUUCAAAAUAAAGUAAUGAAACCUUAAUACAGGGUUAGCAAUAACUAAGUUUUCUUACAGUAACUAAGAGCAAAAUCCAACAAAUUGGCUUCACUAGAAUCAAAGGGGCAAUGAUGCAAAAGUCCAAAAUGAUUCAGUGGAACAUAUGUAUGCCCAUUUACAGGUAAUUGUGCACCUGAAAACACUUUCUCUAAUAGGGAAACAAAUUAGUGGGGAAAAUGAAAUUAGGAGAAAAUAUCACCAUGUGCCAUAGCAACAUUUUUAGAAGACCCUUAGUAUAACUAAUUCUCUUGCCUUUCUGUCUUGUGGUUAUACCAAGCUUUAAAUGUGCAAAAUAGUCUAAACAAAGCUGAAAUGCAACUAUAGCAAAUCUAGGAAGUAGGACCCAUCAGUUUAUAGAUACAAGGAAAAAAAUUAGAACCUGUCCUUUCCAAAUGCAUGUUGUGAUUUACUUUUGUGCCUGGCUUAGUGAGCUAGAAAUGAGGAGAGUAGAAACAUGCCAACAUAUAGAACAGCACCAAAAGAUAACUUCCCACACCACAAGAGUGUGUUCUAAAUGUGAAUAUACUCUUUCCUGUUGAAAAAACAUAACUCAUUUCCCACACCUGCAUUUCUUUCACAAAAAGACUCUACUGUUCCUUACCGAGAUGCUGGUCAGCCCACACUAGCUUGAAUUGAGACUUUUGAGGUGCUUAAAGAGGACUACUGAAAUCAACAGGGCCAAGGUUAGUCACAAUUGCCUUAUCCUAUUGAUUUCAGUGCACUUGUUCUAAUCAUGAUUUAAUUCUAGAGCUACCUAGGGAUGUGGCAGAAAUUGGAAUAUAAAUCAAAUAACAAAUUUAACUAAUUUUUCCUUGAUAUCCUUGUUCAUGGACUCUAGUGAUAGCUAAGGAUAAAAUUCCUAUUAAAAUUUCACUCCAAAAUAGCAGAAAAAUGAAAAUAUGCCAUGGAGCUACAUGGAGUGAAUGGGUGUCCUUAGGUAUUUGUUUAUCUAUGGAAUCCUCAUGCGGGCUUGUCCAGAUGGGGAAAUUAGGAGCAGUCUGGUUUGUACUUAAAAGGUUUUCCAUGUGAUCUAUUUUUUCCCCACUUGAGUGAUCCUUCCAUUAACACUGGAGAUUAGUCUCCUGCGAGAAGGGUCCGCUAAAAUCUUUGGAUCACCAGUUUACUCUAUGUGUAUUUGAUUUACUUCUAAGAUUUACUCAGGUUACUCACAAGUAAGGAAGCAGUAGUGGAGAACAGCAGUUGCGGGGUACUUGCUCAAGAGAAAUACAUGGAGAGUUGGAAGGGAGGUAAUCCUGUAUUUCUCUUCAGCUGGGGCUCUGCUGCCCAUGCAGUUGACAUAGCCUCAUUUCCCAUGGCAAGCUAUGGUGACUUUCAUUUUGUUGUUGCUAUUAAAUAAAGCAAGUGAAAUGUUGAAAGAGCAAUGUGUGAACUUGGCACAGUACUGGAAUUGUACUGGGUCAGUUAGGGAAAUAUAUGAAAAAAUAAGACAAAAAUAGAGGGGAUUUCUCCAUUUUCCCUCUUAAUGUUGCAGGCCACCUAAUAUGUUACAGGGUUGUCACCUCAGCUAAUGCCCCCCAAGCUACACUUGGGCGCAAACCAGCCACCCACACAAGUUAUACUUGUCUCAUGCCAAAAAACCUCCAGAUGCUCCUAGUUCUGUGCCAGAAAGGAGUGGGUCAGCUCUUAAAGGGGCAGGAUGGAUCAAUCUAAGUAGAAACAGGUGUGGACAACACAAUUUGGUUUGAGCCAAACCAUACCAAUGGGUCUUCAGGUGAGGCCCAGCUUCAAGUCCUUUCUUCAUUGUAAGAAAUUUGUAAGCUCUCCCGUGUGCUAAUUUUUGGUUGAAAGGUGGGGUAUAAACGUAAUAUAAUAAUAAUAACAUUUCUAAAAUAAUAAUAAUAGUACAGUAGUAGUAAUAGCAAAUACUGUACUAGCUAACCAAGAGAUCUAUGAGAACAAUCCAGAUUCAAGUGCAGUAGCAGAUCGAAUGUUUCCUGGUAGCGAACAUUGCCUCUGAUAUUGAAGUUCAUAUACGUAUCACCAUGACUGGUAACUGCUGAUAGCCAUUACCCUCCAUGUGAUCAGCAAAUACCAGAAGGUGUAAUACUGCUAUCUGGGAGAGACUGCUAGGAUUACAUAUAGAAAAGGAUUUGAAGAGAUGGAUAAAAGCUUUUUAUUUUCCGAAACCAUCUAGUUGACAUCCAGUCCUUGACAAUACAUGACUGGUGUUUAUCUUGAGAUGGUAUAUUACGUAAUUUGGGUUGGAUCCAGACUUCAGCCAAGAUCUAACAGGAUGCUUCCAUCAGUAAACUGGGAAACAUGAUCGCCCUCCUACAUAUUCCUGUGAGCCCUCAGAAUUUCCUUUAGAGGGUCCAUUUUGGGCCAUAAAGUGGGGCAUAUAUCUGAGCUGAGAAAUACAUAAUACGAGCUGUCACUCCCUUUUUUAAAAAUGUAAAAAAUAUAAUUAAAAAAUUAAAAAUACAAAGUAGACAAAUGGAAGUAGCUUUUAUUUCUGAAGCACUGUAUUCACAAUUUUAAUGUAAAGUUGAAAUAUAAACCAUGUCUGUGAUGCUGUAAGUCAAAUAUGUAAUCCACAGGAAGCAAAUAUUACCACAUAAAUAUGCUUGAUACAAAAAGAAGAGUGCCAAUAACAAAAGGUGCAAUUACAAGCAAAUAGAAGCAGCAAUAGUAUAAGGUGCUUUGAUUCUUCAUUUGUAUUAUCUGAUUACCAAGAGACAGAUGAAAUAACAUGUAAAUUUUACAUCACUUCUAUAGACCAUAACAAAUAUGAGAAUCUAAAAGUCAUCCACAUGCUAUAUUAAAUAUGAAAGUGCUUUUAAUAUAAAAAGGAUACAUAUAGAUCAAAUUUUAUCUAAAUCACUGUGGGGGUUACAUUUUAAAUGUAAAAAAUGAUUUAGCUUCAUUGGGGGAAGGUUUUGUUUUAUUUUUUAGAAUAACUUUCAUGGCAAACAAUCCAAUGCCAAAUUGAUGCUAUGUUAAAAC